ACUCCUCCUCCCUCUCACUGUCGAGGUUGAUUUGGAUGGAUAGAAGCAGCAGCAGAAGGUGUUGAGCUCCCAUGUCUUCAAUCUGAUCUGAUUCUUCCUGAAGCUGCUUCUUGUUGGGCUUUCACACAGCUCUUCUCCUGGGAUCUUGCUAUUAGCCUUCAACUUUGAUGAGCGAGAUUAGGAGCAACCACACCACCAGUUGUGGACCUCGGGAUUCAUAACUAGGACAGAUAGUUGUCAGCUGUUAGCAUGGUGGGAAGGAUGAGAUGUGAGGACAGUGACUGGUCGACCACUUCAUAGUACUUCCACAGUAGCAUAAAUGCCAUUCCUGUUGCUUGCAGUCAUGGAUUUUUAAGGUUAGCUAAUGGAUUUGAACUCCAACAACAGAGAAGAUGAGAUUAAAACAGAUGAGGAGAAGUGGCAGAAUUGAGGUGCCAAGAGCCAAAUCUUGAGUAGGUUGAGGCUUAGUAUGGUAGAGCACAGAGGGUGGUACAGCUUUAGUCAACAUGGGCUCUUGUCUUAUUGGUCUAUGCCCUCCCUAAGUUUUCAGACCUGUGGGGAAAUGGAGAAGGUUCAGUGCAUCAAUGGCAGAUCCAAAUAAACAAAUUGAGGAAGAGAGACAGGAAGACAGGUGCAACAGAAUUGGAGGAGGCAGCAAGACCAUUUUGUCAAAGCUUGAGUUCAUUCUCAUGGAUCUCGUUGACUUUGAAACUUGUCCUCUCUAACACAUGACUAACACUGGACUGUGUUCUCCAAACCAGAAGAGCAGAUAGAAGAGGAGGAGGAAGAAGAGGAAGAUGAUGAUGAUGACAGAAGUGGUCGAUCACAAACGACGAGGCCACGAUGGCUUUGUUCUUGGCAACUUGAGUGGAGAAAAGAGGCUCAAAGCUGCCGUCCCUCCCAAGGAGAAGAAGGACAAGAUCGGAGAGCGAGUGUCGAAGCUGCAACAGCUGGUCUCGCCUUUCGGAAAGUCGGACACAGCAUCUGUUCUUUCCGAGGCCACUGCCUACAUCAAAUUCUUGCAUGAUCAACUCCAGGUGCUGAGCGCUCCUUAUCUGCAGACGACAGUGACGGGGGAGAUGGAGGAAGGUGAGCAUCACAGCCUAAGAAGCCGUGGCCUCUGUCUCGUGCCGGUCGCCUCCACACGCAGAAUUGCUCAAAGCAAUGGCGCCGAUCUAUGGGCGCCGGUGAACUCAAACAGAUCACCAUAAACUACAACAGUGUGAUCUUAAUAUCGGUGACUGCAUCUGCAGGUUGAGGAAACAUCUUCUCCAGAGCCGGGAAGUGGUGUCGACUUGUUUGCUUGAUUGAGAUUCUAACUCCAAUUCAUUUCCUCUUCGGACCUGAUAAUUCCAUUACAGUGUCACUCAAUUCAGUGUUGCUCAGAUAUAUAUUACACAUGUUUGUAUAUGCCAUGAUGGUGCCUCUCACUGGAUGCUGGAAGCAGCUGCAUGCACUUCUAGGAAGAUUUGCUCAAGUAGAAGCUGUGAGAUUGCAUAGAGCCCUAUAGUUUGCAGAUUUCACUGCAACUGGAGAUCUGAACAAUUGCAUGAUAAAAGGAUGUUAUGAUUUCUGUAUUGCUAGUAAGAAAAGCUCAUGUCACAUUUAGUGCACAUGGUUCUUCUGAGAAGGCAGUACAGUCUGCCAUGGAUCAAAACUAAAUGCUAGAGAUGAAGGCACUUCUUGUUA